UUGACAGAUUUUGAGGUAGACUUUAACGUUGCGUCGAGAGAGAGUAGUCCUAGAAGUCCUCGAUUUAUUAAAACAUGGACCGUCUUCUGCGCUUGGGAGGAGGCCUACCAGCCCUUGGCCAGGGACCCCCACCCAAUGAUGCUCCUGUUCCGGACACUGCUGAACAGGUUUACAUCUCGUCACUAGCAUUAUUGAAGAUGUUGAAGCACGGCAGAGCUGGAGUCCCCAUGGAGGUGAUGGGGCUGAUGCUGGGAGAGUUUGUGGACGACUACACCGUCCGAGUUAUCGACGUGUUCGCUAUGCCACAGAGCGGAACGGGUGUAUCAGUAGAGGCUGUAGACCCAGUGUUCCAGGCCAAGAUGUUGGAUAUGUUGAAGCAAGUUGGGCGGCCAGAGAUGGUGGUCGGCUGGUACCACUCUCAUCCAGGAUUUGGGUGCUGGCUCUCGGGGGUCGACAUCAACACCCAGCAGAGUUUCGAGGCUCUGUCUGAGAGAGCCGUAGCUGUUGUGGUUGAUCCAAUCCAGUCUGUCAAAGGUAAAGUAGUGAUUGAUGCCUUCAGAUUAAUUAACCCCAACAUGAUGGUUCUUGGGCAGGAGCCGAGACAGACCACUUCUAAUCUUGGACAUCUUCAAAAACCAUCCAUUCAGGCCCUGAUCCACGGACUCAACCGUCACUACUAUUCCAUCCCCAUCAAAUACCGCAUGAAUGAAAGAGAACAACAGAUGCUCCUUAACCUGCACAAGAAGUCGUGGAUGGAAGGCCUGACACUCCAGAACUACAAUGAGCACAGCAGUCUCAAUGAGGACACUGUUAAGGAGAUACUUAAUUUGGCCACAGCAUAUAAUAAGAGUUUGGAAGAGGAAGAGAAAAUGACCCCAGAGCAAUUAGCCAUCAAGAACGUAGGGAAGCUCGACCCCAAGCGGCAUUUGGAGGAUAAGGUCGAAAUCCUCAUGACCUCAAAUAUUGUGCAGUGUCUCGGUGCCAUGCUGGACACUGUUAUUUUCAAGUAAAUCUCCUUUUAUUUAGACUACAGUUUUAAAUGAAUCGGUUAUUAGUGUAAACUGGGUACUGUACCAAGAGGAUUGUUCUGCUAUGCCUAGGAAUGAUUGCAGCAUUGUAUGACAAUAAAUACUGAAAGAUA